UAUGUUUUUCCAGAUUUUUAUCUUACUACUAAAUUUUCCAGUAACACUUCAAAGUGAAAAUUGUCACAAUGCAACUCUUGGAUUUCCUCUUAUACGUUUUAUUUUUUCUCAAUUGGACCAUAUUAAUUUGCUUACAGAUUUUACUAUUCCCUGUAAUGGCUACAUAACAUCUAUAACUUAUCUAACAACUGGUGAAGAUUAUCCAUUUCAUUUGGCAGUUUGGAAAAAUGUUUUGGGCUUGAAAUAUAAUAAGAAAGAUUAUAGAACAAUUACAAAAACUACUGCAAUCGAACAAAGAACUGUAAAAUUUGAUAUUCCAAUGGAAAUUUCAACAACUGAUUAUUUGGCAUUUGAGUUUCUUGAAGGUUCAAAACAUGGUAUUGUAUCCUAUAAAGGAGAUAAUCCUGGAAAUGCACAAUUUUAUAAGAUAAUUACAGCUGUUAAAUUUUUUAUGAAACUACCAGUUUAUAAAAAUAUUAAUUUUAAUUCACAUGUUUAUAACAAAUAUUAUGCUUUCAACCUUGAAUUUAUCCCAAAAAAUGUCUAUAAGAGAAAUCCAUAUUGUUCCAACAAGCAAAAUGUGUAUGGACACGAUCUAAUUGACAGAAAUGAAGGUGGUCAAGACCAUGCAACCUUUUUAGUUGACUUAAAAUUUGUCUGCUCUGGACAUUUAACAAAAAUUGAAUUCUACAGAAAGACAACAGAUAAAAGUCACAUUGGCAUUUGGCGAAAAAUGUCGGAUUUAGCAGGAAUUAAAUAUAAAUUAAUUACUCUAAUUACAUUACCUGAUGGUCCAAUUGGAACUGUUCAAACAGUGGAAUUAAAUGAUACUAUCCCUAUAGAGGAAAAUGAUAUUCCAUUAAUACUCAAUCAUAAUAGCAAAAGUAACGCCAUAGCAAAUGCUGGAAAUUCAUACGGAGAUGCUUCAUCUGUAAAUAUGAAUAUUCAAAAAGAAAAUGUUGAAAUUGGAAAAAUAAUAGACUUACAAGAAUGUUCAUACGGUUGUGUUAAACAAUUUAGAACCUUUUCCAUUAAAUUUCAUGUUGAUUCAAGUAAGAUUUUAAUUUUCUUUUGCUAUCCUCAAUUAUUGUAA